UCUGCGCUUCAUAUACCUUAUAUAUAGUCAAACAAAUAAUAUAACGACGCCAUAUUGCUCGCUGCGCAAGAAAACUACGACACCUUUCUUUUCCAUCUGCCCUUCUUCAGGACAAACACAGGAGCGGAGCUCAGCAAACAUGCCUACAGUAAGUGUGAAAUGGCAGAAGGAGCUGUUCCCAGCUGUAGAAAUUGACACAAGCCAACCCCCUUUAGUUUUUAAGUGCCAGUUGUAUGAUCUAACUGGAGUGCCCCCCGAAAGACAGAAGAUUAUGGUUAAAGGUGGUUUGCUGAAGGAUGAUGCAGACUGGUCAACAGUAGGAGUGAAAGAGGGUCAAAAAUUGAUGAUGAUGGGAACUGCAGAUGAAAUUGUAAAAGCCCCAGAGAAAGGCCCUGUUUUUGUGGAGGACCUUCCGGAAGAAGAGCAAGUUGUUGCAGUGGGUCACACUGCUGGUCUAUAUAAUUUGGGGAAUACCUGCUACAUGAACUCUACACUACAGUGCCUACAUUCAGUUCCAGAGUUGAAGUCUGUGCUACUCAAGUAUCCUCAUUCUGGAAGAAGCAAUGAGUUGGAUCAGUCUUCACAUCUCUUGACCAUGGCAACAAGAGACCUAUUUAGCGAGCUAGAUAGAAAUUUCAAGCCUGUUGCCCCAAUGCACUUUUUGACGGUGUUACGUAAAAAGUAUCCACAAUUUGGCCAGAUGCAUAAUGGUGUUUACAUGCAACAGGAUGCAGAAGAAUGUUGGACGCAACUUCUGUACACUCUUUCUCAGUCUCUUAAAGCACCAGAUUCCAGAGAUAAUCCGGAGACUCUGAAGGCACUUUUUGGUGUUGAUCUUGUCAGCAGGGUCCACUGUGCAGAAAGUGGUGAAGAAACCUCAGAAUCAGAGUCAGUUUACUCACUUAAAUGCCAUAUAUCUCAUGAGGUCAACCAUUUGCAUGAGGGUUUAAAGCAUGGACUAAAGUCAGAGCUGGAGAAAGUCUCUCCUUCCUUGGGCCGUAGUGCAAUUUACUUGAAGGAGUCUCGUAUUAAUGACUUACCAAGGUACUUAACUGUUCAGUUCGUCCGCUUUUUCUGGAAGAGGGAGUCAAAUCAGAAGGCAAAGAUUUUGCGGAAAGUGGAUUACCCAUUGGAGUUGGAUGUUUAUGACUUUUGUUCUGAUGAACUCCGCAAAAAAUUGGACGCUCCUCGCCAGAUUCUGAGAGAGGAAGAAAGCAAGAAGUUUGGGCUGAAGACCAGUGAGAAGAACAGCAAUUCAAUGGAGAACGAUGUGAAGGUGCUUCAGACAGAGGGAUCAUCAAAUGCAAGUGGAGAACCAUCUAGUGCUGCUACCCAAGAAGGUGUUCCAUCCGAGAAACGAGUUCACUUGAGUGGAAUAUAUGAAUUGGUUUCUGUGCUUACCCACAAGGGAAGGAGUGCCGACUCAGGGCAUUAUGUUGCUUGGGUCAAACAAGAAAAUGGGAAAUGGAUUCAAUAUGAUGACGACAAUCCGAUCCCACAGAGGGAGGACGACAUCACUAAGCUCUCUGGAGGAGGUGAUUGGCAUAUGGCAUACAUUUGUAUGUACAAGGCCCGUGUUUUGUCGAUUUGAUAUUUCAUGUUUUAUAGUUGGAAAGUCAGUUGAUUUGUUUUAGGACAACCAUAAUAGCUAUCAAGAAACUCUGUAAUUUAAGGGGGCCAGCCCUUUGUAUUGUUAACAUGGGUUAGAGGAUUCUGUACAUUGUUUGGAAAGACCCUAAAAUUUAUGAACACUAUUGGAGGAUUGGGAUUGAAAAACUUAUUGGCUUUGGUUUC